UUGGUUUCUGACAGAAAUAUUGCAAGCUGUUCGAUACAUAAGUAAUUAGGUUUCAGACCAUUGUAAGAAAUCAGAGAUGGAGAACAACAGCAAGCAAAUGGAAAAUAGGAAAGAGGGUGUUGAAGAGAAGAAAGGAAAGCUUGAUGGGUUGCCCAUGGAGAGCAGUCCCUACUUGAAGUAUACAGAUUUGGAGGAUUACAAGCGCAUAGCCUAUGGCACUGAAGGACACCAAGAAGUUAAGCCUAAUCAAGGUGGAGGUGGCACCGAUGCUCCCACACUUUCAGGGAAUGACCUCUCCCCAGGAAAAAUGGCAAUAAUUGAUGCAGCAGCCAAUCGUCAUGGCAUUCCAUAAAUCAACGUUCUUGCUACAAUAUUAUUAUUGCCUUGAACAGCUCUUGCAACAUCCCUAUCCAUGUCUUCCGAAACAAUUCAUAAAGGUUUGCCUGUUCUUUGUGCAUAAACCCUUACAAGAAUUUUACACAGAUUCAGUAGCUCUCAGCUUUCAGGGCAAAUUCUCCUUGGCAUUGUAAUUAAUUACAUGGUUUUUCUUUUCUUUUUCAAGUAAUUUUUUACGCUCAUUCGUGUUAA